AUGGAGGCCGAUGCGAAUGCUAAAUCCUACGAUGAAGUCAGUGGACCACAAAUCGAAGCAGGUAGUCGAUUUAUCCGUGAGUUAAACCUUUCCUUGGGAGACAAAGUGCUUGACAUGGGUUGCGGUACAGGCCAUCUCACUAAAUAUAUCGCUGAUAUUGUUGGCCCUGAUGGUCAGGCGGUCGGAAUCGAUCCCGAUGCUGAGCGAAUCAAAAUUGCCGAAGGGAAAUCUAAAGAAGUCGGUAAUCUUCAGUUCUAUGUUGGUAGCAGUGCAAUUGGAUUUCCACACGAUAAUGAGCCAUAUUACGAUGUUCAUAUCAGUACGCAUGCAUUCCAUUGGGUUCCUGAUGAUGAGAAAAGAAUUUACAUACAGAAAGCACAUCAGUGUUUGAAAGCUGGGGGGAAACUGGCCAUCUGGUGUGCCGCAAAAGUGCCUAAUGAUGAGAAAAUCAAAGGAGUUCAUACGUUAACCCAAGAUGGCUAUCAAGAUGUGUUUCAAGAGGUUGGUCUCUUCAAUAACGUUGUGGUGGAUGCACCGAUCUACCCAUAUCGAUGUGAAUCAUUUGAAGAGUUCAAGCGAUGGUUCAAAGGUUCAGCUCGCCAGGAUCUGGACCUUGACAAACAUGCGGACAUAGUUAAGAAAUAUGUGACCACAGAAGAUGACGGGCAAGUCACUUGUAAAAUACCAUGUAUUCGCAUCACAGCAUGCAAAAAUUGAUCGGGAUAAAGUGGCCUGCAGUGAUUCAUGUACAGUAUAUAUAUAUGUCCCUGCAUUGCUUGUACCUAUAGUAGCCUAGACGACUUUUGACAAUGAAAUAAAUAUGCUUUCGCCUAAUGUAAUAAGCUGUAGUUCAGACUCGGCCGAAUUCCAUGUUUACGGCAGACUGGAAACGGCCAAGCUCAAAUCGUAUUUUGAGGUCAACUGUUAGUUGUUCCAAGUUAGGAAAUUUGUGCAUUCAAAUUGAAGCAUGAAUUAGCUACUGUCGAAAACUUGUAGAACGUACCUUGAGUCCUUGAAGAUUACCGUUUGCUGUUACCUGUCUGUCGUAAACGUCAAUCCGUAACACUGAACGGCAGUGAAAGCGAUUAUAUUUGAAUAUUCCGUGGAUGAUUGAUAGUUAAUCGGACAGUGAAUAGUUUAGUGAUUUAGUAUUGGAACGGAGAAAGCUAACAAAGGUUAUGUCUGUAAGACACGAAUCGUCAAGCUGUAGAGAUGUACUCUUCAAGUCGGUUAAGUGAUAAUUGACAGUGUGUGUUUAAUCUUUUACUUUCCAGUCAAUUAUUAAUGUAAUCUAAUCAAACCCAAUCACUUUUAGAAUGUAUUAUUAUUAUAUUUCUAAACUCUCUACGGCGUUGAAGAUGGUUUUGCUCAUUUGGAAACAAGUUCUACAUUGGUGCCGAGUUAGCAGGCAG